AUGGAAAUUCUAUCUCAGAAUAAGGAGACCGAGCAGGCUAGAGACGUAUUCGGCUGUCAACAAACUGAAACUUGUCAGCAGUAUCAACCCAGUCGUGCAGUAGAUGGAUACAUUAACACAUUCAUGAGACAAAGAGGGCGUAUUGCUGGUUUUUCACUCUAUGUGUCGAACACAACUAUAAAGGAAGAUGGAUAUCUAUGUUACAAUAACGGUCAAGAGUUACCGGCCUUGAAUUUCAGUACAACCUGUGUCAAACAUGGACGUUACGUUAUAUUCUACAAUGAAAGACUUGACGGAACACGUUAUCCUACCGGAUAUCAAACAUCCCAUGUUUACACUGAAUUAUGUGAAGUAGCUGUAACAGGAUGUAAAGAAUCCGGUGUGUAUGGAAAUAACUGUGAUCUACCUUGUCCAAACAACUGUCAGGAAUUGAGAGGUGACAUUGUCCAUGGAACGUGUUUGGGUUGUACAGCAGGAUGGAUGGGGGAGUUUUGUAACACUUCCUGUCCAGCUGGAUAUUAUGGUCUACAGUGUGGAUCUACGUGUACUAGACACUGCAGAGACAACCUGUUCUGUAAUCACACCACUGGAUAAUGUGACUAUGGCUGUGGUAA